AUGGAUGGAACAACGCCAUCGAAUUUAUCUUCCCCAAAUAAUUCUGAUGGCAUGAUAUAUGACCACCAAUCACUUCCCGAGCGCGAGAACGUCACCACAGGUGCAAGAGACGAGGCGCUCGCUGCUUUCGAGAUCCUGACUUUGGCUUCGAUCUUCGUCGUGACGGUGCUGGGGAACACCAUCGUCGUCUACAUUCUCUUCCAGAAGAGGAAAAAGUUUCGAAGGAUGAACUAUUUUAUAUCUGCGUUGUGCAUAUCAGAUCUUGUGACGGCAGCGUUUAACGUAUUCCCUCAGCUGAUGUGGGACAUAACUUUUAGGUUCCGAGGAGGAGACUUCUUGUGUAGAAGCGUCAAGUUCGGCCAAUUGGUUGGACCUUACAUGAACUCCUACAUCUUGGUGGUCACGGCGAUCGACCGCUACCAAGUCAUCUGCCAACCACUUUCCAAUUGCAGGUGGACACCUGGACAUUCCAUACGACUGAUAUCCUGUGCUACGGCCAUAUCUCUGCUUUUCAGCAUACCGCAGUUAUUCAAUUUUAGUUUCAGAGAAAAAAAUGGUAUUUACGAUUGCUGGGCUGACUUCAUUCCGGGAUGGGGAGUCACAGCUUACGUCACGUGGUACGCAAUUGCCGUUUUCUUCAUCCCGUUAGUUUUACUUAUAUUUUUUUCAGGCUGCAUUUGCUGCGCGCUUUUGAGGUACAAUUUUCAAGUACCUAACCAGUCGAGCUACGUGUCACGGUCUCAUUCACAGGCUGGGCAAGAGUCACCCAACAACGAAACCACAUCUCGAAAAUACGGCAGAACUCUAGACGACACAACGCACGGUUCGUCUUCAACUGUCAACGACGUUAAUUAUGGGAAUGCAGUACGAAUUUUAUCUUAUUCUUCGGCCACUAACAAGGCAAGGAACACGGUGAUAGAGCACGGAUGUAGGUACAGAUUCCAGAAGACACCCGGAGCGAAGACAGUCAUGAGCCCCAUCAGCAGAGCUAAAAUAAAGACAAUCAAACUCACCAUGAUCGUGAUCUUCUUCUUCAUCGUCUGCUCAGCACCCUUCAUCACCAGCCUCAUGUGGAGCGUGUGGGAUCCAAACGCGAGCAAAUCACCGUUUUUUACCGGUCCAGCUUUCACGAUCCUGAUGCUGCUGGCGUCUCUGAACAGCGUAGCCAACCCCUGGAUUUACUUGGCGCUUCACGAGCGUUGCAGUUUCUUCAGCCACUUGACGUGUCGCCGGCGACCACGGCGACGACGACAGUCUGUCAAGAGCGCCCAGUCGAGCCUGCCAGCUCUCCCAGCGGGUGGAACAUCUCCCAGCUGCUGCAACUGCGUCGCCGUCGCCACUGAGAUCCAGGAGUUGCAUACCAUCCCUAACGUGCUCGGUCUCCCAGCGGGUGGAACAUCUCCCAGCUGCUGCAACUUCGUCGCCGUCGCCACUGAGAUCCAGGAGUUACAUACCAUCCCUAACGUGCUCGGUCUCCCAGCGGGCGGAACAUCUCCCAGCUGCUGCAACUUCGUCGCGGUCGCCACUGAGAUCCAGGAGUUACAUACCAUCCCUAACGUGCUCGGUCUCCCAGCGGGUGGAACAUCUCCCAGCUGCUGCAACUCCGUCGCGGUCGCCACUGAGAUCCAGGAGUUACAUACCAUCCCUAACGUGCUCGGUCUCCCAGCGGGUGGAACAUCUCCCAGAUGCUGCAACUCCGUCGCGGUCGCCACUGAGAUCCAGGAGUUACAUACCAUCCCUAACGUGCCCGGUCUCCCAGCGGGUGGAACAUCUCCCAGAUGCUGCAACUCCGUCGCGGUCGCCACUGAGAUCCAGGAAUUGCAGAAC